CCCCACAUGAAAAGGGUUUUCUUUAUUAGAUAAAAAGUUGUUUCGUUAAUGUUUUAUUGUUGUCUCGAUAAAACAUUAGCUGCCAAGAUGAUUUAAAGACCAUCUAUUUACACUUCACGCUUAAAUAUCUAGAUCAUUGAAUUAAUGUUCACUAAACUAGAACUUGAAAUUGUGUCACAAUGAAUAGACCAAAACCAACAAGCAUCAGGCGCCCCAGCAGUGCCAAAACAUCAGGCCACCCACCACCUGGCGAUUUUAUUGCCCUUGGGGCGAAGAGUCAGGGUGGUGAGCCAAAAGCAAACCCAGCUCUCCUAAAACCAGCAUCUACAGGUUUGCCUCCGGACCGCAAGAGAGAGGCACCCUCAUCUCUGCCUUCAUCCUCUAGUCUAUCCAGCCUAUCCAAACGACCAAAGCACUCUACUACUCCACCCAGUGCCCUCUCUCGCCUUGCUGAGGUGGCUGCUGUUGACAAAAGAUCAAUAUCACCUUCUAUCAAAGAGCCAUCUGUAGUUCCCAUUGAGGUAUCCCCUGCUGUUCUUCUGGAUGAGAUUGAGGCAGCAGAGGCUGAGGGUAACGAUGACCGCAUUGAGGGCGUUCUGUGUGGGGCGGUCAAACAACUUAAGAUGAACCGGGCCAAGCCUGACAUGACGCUCUACCUCAGCCUCAUGUUCCUGGCCAAAAUCAAGCCCAAUGUUUUUGCAACUGAGGGUGUCAUAGAGGCUCUCUGCAGUUUGCUCCGCCGUGAUGCCUCCAUUAACUUCAAGGCUAAGGGAAACAACCUGGUGUCCGUUCUGGCCUGCAACCUGUUAAUGGCCGCUUACGAGGAGGAUGAAAACUGGCCUGAGAUAUUUGUUAAGGUCUACAUCGAGGACUCUCUCGGUGAACGUAUCUGGGUGGACAGUUCACACUGUAAAACUUUUGUUGACAACAUCCAGACCGCCUUCACAACCAAGAUGCCUCCUAAGAGUAUGCUGCUCCAGACAGAAACUGGGAGAUCUGGCGGAGACCUCAGUGCAGGAAACAGCCCUCAUCCUUCCACACCGGAUGAAGAUGAAGGUCAAACUGAGCUUUUGAUUGCAGAGGAAAAACUCAGCCCAGAGGAUGAUGGACAGGUCAUGCCCAGGUACGAUGAGCUGGCUGAAAGUGUGGAGGAGUACGUGUUGGAAGUUUUGAGGGACCAGCUGAACCGCCGACAGCCUAUGGACAACGUGUCCAGGAACCUCUUGCGCCUUUUGACCGCCACCUGUGGCUAUAAAGAGGUUCGACUGAUGGCUGUGCAGAGACUUGAGAUGUGGCUACAGAAUCCAAAGCUGACUCGGCCAGCACAGGAUCUUCUCAUGUCUCUGUGUAUGAACUGUAACACACAUGGCUCAGAUGAUAUGGAGGUCAUCUCAAACCUCAUCAAGAUCCGCCUUAAACCCAAAGUUCUCCUCAACCACUACAUGCUGUGUGUCAGGGAGCUUCUGAAUGCUCAUAGAGAUAAUCUGGGCACCAUGGUGAAGUUUGUGAUCUUUAAUGAGCUGUCAAAUGCCAGAAACCCUAAUAAUAUGCAAGUGCUUCAUACAGUUCUGCAGCACAGCCCGGAGCAGGCACCCAAGUUUUUGGCCAUGGUAUUUCAGGACCUGUUAACCAAUAAAGACGAUUACUUGCGGGCAUCUCGGGCCCUGCUCAGAGAAAUCAUUAAGCAAACCAAACACGAGAUCAACUUCCAGUCUUUCUGUCUGGGCCUCAUGCAAGAGAGGAAGGAGGCCACUUACACUGACAUGGAGUUUAAAGAACGCUUUGUUAUCCAAGUGACUGAUCUGUUGACGGUGUCCAUGAUGUUGGGGAUCACAGCUCAGGUGAAAGAGGCCGGCAUCGCAUGGGACAAAGGAGAGAAGAAAAACCUGGAGUCUCUAAGGUCCUUUCAGAACCAGAUUGCUGCCAUCCAGAGAGAUGCUGUGUGGUGGCUGCACUCUGUGGUUCCUACCAUCAGUAAAGUAGGACCUAAAGACUAUGUGCACUGCCUCCACAAGGUGCUUUUUACAGAGCAGCCUGAGACGUAUUACAAGUGGGAUAACUGGCCCCCUGAGAGUGACAGAAAUUUUUUUCUCCGGCUGUGCUCCGAGGUUCCUUUGUUGGAGGACACACUGAUGCGCAUCUUGGUGAUUGGUCUGUCACGAGAUUUGCCCCUGGGCCCUGCUGAUGCCAUGGAGCUGGCUGAUCACCUGGUAAAGAGGGCUGCUGGAGUUCAGUCUGAUGACCUACAGGUUUUGCGUGUGGAGAGGAUCCAACUCAUCGACGCUGUGCUGAACCUCUGUACGUACCAUCACCCAGAGAACAUCCAGCUGCCAGCAGGGUAUCAACCUCCAAAUCUGGCCAUAUCGACACUUUACUGGAAGGCCUGGCUCCUGCUACUUGUGGUGGCAGCCUUCAACCCACAGAAAAUCGGUUUGGCUGCCUGGGAUGGUUACCCCACCCUGAAAAUGCUCAUGGAAAUGGUUAUGACAAAUAACUACUCAUUCCCUCCAUGCACGGUGGCUGACGAGGAGACCAAAACUGAGAUGAUCAACCGGGAGCUGCAGAUCUCUCAGAAGGAGAGGCAGGAGAUCCUGGCAUUUGAAAGCCACUUGGCUGCCGCCUCCACCAAGCAGACCAUUACAGAGAGCAACAGUCUACUGCUGUCUCAGCUCACCAGUCUUGAUCCAAAGGGACCUCCACGUAGACCACCUCCUCAGAUACUGGAGCAGGUGAAGACCCUAAACCAGUCUUUGAGACUGGGCCAUCUGCUGUGUCGUAGCCGCAGCCCAGACUUCCUGCUCAAUAUCAUCCAGAGACAAGCGUCAUCUCAGUCUAUGCCAUGGCUUGCUGAUCUCGUCCAGUCCAGUGAGGGGUCAUUGGACGUGUUGCCCGUUCAGUGCCUCUGUGAAUUCCUCCUCCAUGACGCGGCCGAUGAUGCUGCAUCUGCUGAUGAUGAGGAGGAAGGAGAAAGCAAAGAGCAGAGAGUGAAGAAAAGACAAAGACAGCAGAAGCAGAGGCAGCUGCUCGGGCGACUGCAGGACCUGCUGUUAGGUCCUAAAGCUGAUGAACAGACCACAUGUGAGGUUCUGGACUAUUUCCUGCGCCGUCUCAGUUCUACUCAGGUGGCCUCCAGAGUACUGGCCAUGAAGGGUUUGUCAUUGGUGCUGACGGAGGGAGGGUUGAAGGAUGGAGAUGACAGAGAUCAGCCCAUGGAGGAAGACUCUAGAGAUGCCGAGUUACUGCCCGCCUACCAAUGGCUCCUUCAGGACCUCCCCAGACUACCCCUGUUUGACAGCGUAAGAGGCUUCACCGCUAACGCCUUGCAACAGGCCAUACAUGUGGAAACAGAUCCUCAAACCAUCAGUGCAUAUCUGAUAUACCUUUCCCAGCAUGCACCAGUGGAGGAGCAGUCACACCACAAUGACCUGGCCUUGGAUGUUGCCCGUUUGAUAGUGGAGCGCUCCACCAUAAUGAACAGCCUGUUUUCCAAGCACUCCUGCAGGCCUGAGGCUGACGCCGUUCUCUCUGCUCUGAUCUCCAUCUUCUCUACCUACAUCCGACGUAUGAGGAAGACCAAAGAUGGAGAGGACCUUUACAGCUGGUCAGAGUCUCAGGACCAAGUGUUCUUACGAUGGACUUCAGGAGAAACGGCCACUAUGCACAUUCUGGUGGUCCAUGCCAUGGUCAUCCUGCUCACAUUGGGCCCCCCCAAAGGAGAGAGUGAGUUUUAUACUCUGUUGGAUAUCUGGUUUCCUGAUAAAAAGCCCCUUCCUACCGCUUUCCUUGUUGACACAUCCGAGGAGGCUCUUCUAUUGCCUGAUUGGCUCAAAUUGAGAAUGAUUCGGUCUGAGGUGUCCCGAUUAGUUGAUGCAGCCCUGCAGGAUCUUGAGCCUCAACAGUUGCUGCUGUUUGUCCAGUCUUUUGGUAUCCCUGUCUCCAGCAUGAGCAAACUGUUGCAAUAUCUUGAUCAGACAGUGUCCCAUGAUCCUCAGUCACUGGAGCAAAACAUUAUGGACAAAAACUACAUGGCUCACCUGGUGGAGGUUCAGCAUGAGAGAGGAGCAACAGGAGGUCACACGUUUCAUAGUUUACUCAGUGCUUCAAUUCCUACACGCAGAGAUAGUUCAGAGUUAAACAGGGCUAAGGUAACUGUAGAAACACCACAUGGCUCCGUAAAGAUGAGAGUGGUGAGUCAGGUCCCCGUGAUUGGCCCAGAUGAUGAUCUCGCUGGGAUCCUGCUACAGCUUUUUCCGCUGAAAGUGGAUCCACGUUGGCCCCCACCUCCGGUCCGGCCGCUGGCAUUGGCUCUGCAGCAGGCUCUGGCCCAAGAGGUGCUGCGUGCACGGAAGGGUCACAUCCAGCAGGGCGGCGCUGCUGGGCGACUCCUACAAGCUAUAGCAGCCCUUCUGAGUUCUGCCCACGCUGGUGCUCUGGUCCUGGCAAUGCAUCACAGCCACACAAUCUCAUGCCCUCUAUUGCGCCAGCUCCAUCUCUACCAGCGAAUGGUGUCUCAAGAUGUCGGCUUCUGCACGCUGUUCUUUAACGCUGUUGUGCAGAUGUUGACCUGGCUGGAGAACUCUGCAGUAGAAACGGGGCCGCUCCACAGUCUGCUGAAAUCUCUGGCCGCCCAGUACUCUCACAAACAUCGCAUCACAGAUGUUCGUACAGGGUUUCGGCACUUGGCUGAAGCGCUGGCAUACAGACGCGACUCUGAGGUGGCAGUCAGGGGCAUCAUUGCAUCACUGAAAGCGGGAGAGAGAUGCAACGCUGAACCUGAACUCAUUACAAAAGUGUUACAGGGGUUGAUGGAGAUAAAGUCCCCUUAUCUAGAAGAGCUGUUGUCCCUGCUUAUGACCGUCGGUACGGAGAGCGGAGCCCCAGGAAGCCCAGCUGGCCCCGUCGCCAUGGUGAUCUCCCUGCUGCUGCAGGAAACAGAGGAGCGAGGGGUGAAAAUAGAGGUGGAUUCCAAAAUCUCUGAGUCAAAGAAGCCUGGCUCGUGUUCAGGACUGUUGGUGGAUUGGCUGGAACUGCUCGACCCUGAAGUGACAUCUGUGUGCUCAGAUCUUCAGCACAAACUGCUUUUUGCUCAAAACAAGCUUAAAAGCGGUGGUGUGAACAUGGCUCCGUCCUACAGGCCGUAUCUGUUAGCCCUGCUCACACAUCAGUCUAACUGGAGCACUCUCCAUCAGUGCAUCAGCUCUCUGCUUAAUAAACGCAAAGAUCAGAAGCUGGAUCCAACUUCAGCUCUGGAUUUUCUAUGGGCCUGCAGUCACAUUCCUCGGAUCUGGCAGGGGCGGGAUCAGAAAACUCCACAGAAACGCACAGAGAAGUUUGUAUUAAAGCUGAGCCCCGAAGAGCUAAUAAGUCUUGUGGACCUCAUCCUGUCUGAGUCAGAACUGAAUUGUCGUGACUCACCGGCCUCCAAGAGCAAUCUGGAUCAGGUCUCCUGUUCGCUCCUUCAGUCCCGUUUGCCUCUGCUGCACAGCUGUCUGCACUCAGACCUGGACAAUGUCAAGAAAGUGUCCGAGUAUCUCAUCAGCUGUGUCAAGAAGUGGGGAGACAGUAUAAUGAGUAAAAGGUGUCAGACGCUGCUACUGCAGAUCUACCUGCACUUUCCAGAGGUCAUCCAACACGUCCGCCUACCAGAGGCGUCGCUGAGCGGAGAGGCAACAGCCGAUGGUAGCACCUGCAAGCUGGAUGUUCUGGUGCAUCGUCUCAUCACCCUGCUAGCUGACACAGGAGACACGAAAUCAGCCGAAAACCGCGCGUCUGAUGCGAAUCUGGCCUGCAGGAAACUGGCCGUGUCCCAUCCGGUGCUUCUGUUGAGACACUUGUCCAUGAUCGCUGCUCUCCUUCAUGGCCGCAUCCAUCUAAACAUGCAGGAGAUCAGGCAACAGAACCACGUCAAUUUCUUCAGUGAUGUUUUGGCAAUCCUGGAGCUGCUGCAGCCGCUGAUAUUUCACUUUGACCACCAGAGGGCACUGCAGGAUUGUCUGCUGUCCUUUAUCAAAGUUUUACAGAAUUUCAGAAGAUCGUCCCGUUUGCCGAUCAUAAAUAAAUUUGUGCAGUUCAUUCAGAAAUACAUCACCUAUGAUGCAGCAUCUGCUGUGCCCUUCCUACAGAAACACUCUGAUGUUCUCCAGGGUCUGUCCACUGAGAAUCCUGACCUGGUUCAGCUGAAGUCUUUACUUGCUGGACUGACUCUGCCUGUGAAGUCUUGUUCCUCUGAGAGCGCCGCAGAAGACAGAGAUGCAGAUGAUUCGUCAUCAGGUUCCCUCCCCCUGGUCAACAUCUCGGCCUCUGUGCCUCUUACUGCAGCCGACAUGACCAAAUGCCUAAAGAAGAUCUCUAAAGGAGAAGCUAUUGAGGAUGUGUUUGAGGGUUUGACUGAAGUGGACGAGAAAUCCAAAAGGAAUCCAGAAAUUAUUCAGUAUUUUGUUAACGAUCUUCAAAGACUGAUGAGUUCACCUGAGGAGGUGUGCCGCAACAUGGCAUUUAGUCUUGCUCUGCGGUGUAUCCAAAAUAUCCCCAGCAUGGCUGCUGAAUUCCUGCCAACCUUCAUGUACUGUCUGGGUAGCGGGAACUUUGAUGUGGUGCAGACAGCCCUGAGGAACCUGCCGGAAUAUGUGCUGCUGUGUCAAGAGCAUGCUGAUAUUCUGCUCCACAAAGCGUUUUUAGUGGGCAUCUACGGUCAGAUCGACACCAGUUCAAUGAUCGCAGAAUCCAUGAAGAUCUUGCGCAUGGAAGCUACAACAUAAAUAUCCGUUUUAAACAUAUUGAUACAAAGUUUCGUUUUAAAUCAGAUGUGUCAUGCACGCUUGACUCAUUGAUAAAAUCUUACAAUCUGUAUUUAAGCAUACCACUGGACGUCAGUUUUUUUGGAAUGCAUCAAAUUAAAAUGAUGAUGAAACGUUAUAUUCAUCUGCUGGGAGUAAUGUCUGUCAUAAGUCUUUACGUGUAUCGCUUUCAAUAAUAAAACAAUAAGUCUAUAAAUGCA